AUGGCUCCCGCCGCCGCCCUGACCCCCCUGCCGGGCGCCCGACUCGACAAUGCCCUGCGCCGCGGCCGCCUCAGCAUCUUCCGCCCCGUGACGGGGCCCCAUAGUCCCCGGGCGGGCAGGGGGAUUGGGGUGAGGCUGGGCUGCCGCAGCGCGACCACGAUGAAGAGCACCGCCAGGUUUUUGGUUGGCGGCAAUUGGAAAUGCAACGGCGACAGGGAGUCGAUCGUGCGGCUGGUGGCCGAUUUGAAUUCCGGGGACGUGCCCAGCGACGUCGAGGUGGUUUGCGCGCCACCGUUCGUGUACCUGGACCAGGUGUCCAAGGCCCUGAUGCCGCCCUACCAGGUGGCGGCGCAGAACUGCUGGGUGGGCAAAGGGGGGGCAUUCACGGGCGAGGUGUCCGCGGAGAUGCUGUCCGACUGCGGCGUGGGAUGGGUGAUCCUAGGCCACUCGGAGCGGCGCGCUCUGUGCGGGGAGGAUAGCCAGUUCGUGGGCAAGAAGGUGGCGUACGCGCUGGAGCAGGGCCUUCGCGUGAUCGCCUGCAUCGGGGAGACCCUGGAGCAGCGGGAGUCCGGCGAGAUGUUCAACGUGCUGGAGGAGCAGAUGGGAGCCAUCGCGGAGAAUGUGAGCGAUUGGGGGCCGGUCGUGAUCGCCUACGAGCCCGUGUGGGCGAUUGGCACGGGGGUGGUGGCCACGCCCGACCAGGCGCAGGAGGUGCACGCCUACCUGAGGAAGUGGGUGACGGAAAAGGUGGGCGCAGGCGUGGCCGACUCGCUGAGGAUCUUGUACGGGGGGUCUGUGAAUGACGCGAACUGCGUGGAGCUGGCCGGGCAGGAGGACAUCGACGGCUUCCUGGUGGGCGGGGCCUCGCUGAAGGGGGCGGCAUUCGUCAAGAUCUGCAACGCCCAAUCGGCCGCGACCGUUGGGGCGUGA